ACAAGAGCCAAAAACGUAGUUAGCACCGCUAGUCUAAGAUGAUAGAUGAUUCUGUAGUGUUGUCGAUUUAUCAAUUGAUUGCUCGAUGUCAAUUCAGUGUGUAGGCAAACCUUCCUCAUCCUUGCUCCUAUCUGCCUGUCACCAUCAUCCGGCCCCUAUCCUUUCAACUUGCAGAUUUUCCUAUUUAUGGAUAAAUAUUCUAUUUAACCUGGGUGAUAUCACUCUCUUCUUCCCUUAUCCCCCAUUGCAUACCAUAGAACUACAUCUACAACUACCUAGAUAGAGAAUCGCUGUGAGGAAGAUGGCUGGGCUGCAGAGAUCUUCGCAGACAUUUAGAAGGUCUGGUUCGUCUGGCUUAGUCUGGGAUGAGAGACUUAUGUCAGAUGGCCAUAGCGAGAGGGAUCAAGAAGGUGAGACCUUGGAGCUGAGGCACUCCCGUAGUGUUGGGUCCAUUGGACUGCAGCGCAGGCAUGGCGAUGGUGCAGAGCACACCAGGUGCAACAACGGCCAGGCUUUCCGUACGCGGCGUGUGCCCGCAGCACAGGAUCCACCUUCACCCAAGGUUCCUGGAUGCAUCUUCUGUGGAAUUUUUAGGAAGUCUGGACCUCCAGAGCCAUCUAAACCCAGAAGACUCUACAUGGCCUUCCAACAAGGAAGGAGGACAGAGAUUGAUAACUGACAGUACCACUGCACUGCGCACACAGCUGGCACUGACAGUCAAUGCGAGGGUGUCGAUGGAUUUUUUUUUGGCGGAAGAUUUUAUGGCUCAACCCCUCCUCUCAUGGACAACCAUGGAAGAAAACAUGGAUUUCAAGUUUGGCAAUGUGUUUGGCCUACAAGACUCAACAAUGUGUUUGGCAAUAAUGAAGAACAUGGGGGGAAUUUGAUGAGAUUAACAUGAAAAAUUGAUUUUUAGUUUCAUCCCCCUCUUUAGGAGCUCGGAUAUAGAAGAGGGGGUGCCCAUGAACCUAGUCUAGAUUUUUUUAAUCUAUAGUUUAUUUAAUUUAUUAUAUAUGUAAUCCUUUUAAUCUAAACUCAUGCACCUGCAUUGGACUAAAUUUUGCUUAAUGCAGUUCAAGCAGAGUAAAGUGUGAGCGGCA